AUGCUGCCUGAGCGGUUGUACGAGGGUAGAGGUGAUGCUAUGCGAUCCAAGGAGGAGAGAAGCCGAAGAUUUCGAAUUUUGUGCUUUGGCGAUAAGAAAGCUUGGGCUAUGGUCAGCGCUAAAAAGGCGGUUCCGAAGCGCCGAGCAUUUACUGGUUCUCCCUAG